AAUGCCAGUGUCCUUAGCUUCCAGGAAGCCCAGUCUCUGGUAUCCCGCUCCCACUCGGCAAUUUCUCUGCAAGAACUCCUAUUUGCUUUUAUUCUCAACUUGGUUGCUUAUCCCCAAGAUUAAUUAAAUCCUAUCGGCUUUUCCUCUACCCAGCAGUAUAUAGCUAGCCUUUUCUUUCUUGCUCGCAAACAACUCUAAACUUCAUGGCAAAUACUAGCGUAUCCAAGCCUUCUAAAUGGCUCCCCAGCAGCCGAGGUUUCAAGCUAAUAAGUCUCCAUUGCAUUGGCUCAAAACCCAGAUCUUCUCACUCAAAACAAUCCAGGCCCCCAAAAGAAGAAGAGCUUCAGAUAGUUUUUCGUCACUUCGAUAGCGAUGGAGAUGGCAAGAUUUCAAGCGAGGAACUUGGUGCUUAUUUCACAUCCGUAGGAGUGUCCAUGUCACCUGAAAACGUUCAAAGAGUCAUCAAAGAUUUCGACACUGAUGGCGACAACUUGCUGGAAUUUAAUGACUUCGCUCGAUUGGUUGAAGGAGACAACAGCAUUGAUGAUGAUCUUAGAAGGGCUUUCGAGGUGUUUGAAGGAGACGAUAAGGGUGGUGGGUGCAUUACAGCAAGAGGGUUACAAGGGGCAUUUAAUCGUUUAGGAGAAGCAAAGUCUCUUGAAGAAUGUGUAGCUAUGAUUAGAGUAUUUGAUCUCGAUGGCAAUGGCGUACUUGAUUUUCAUGAAUUCCACAAAAUGAUGACUUGAUUUAGUUCUGCUGUAGUUUGUGCUAGAAAUAUCAAGAUUUUUAGACCA